AUGCUUCCUGGCUGAUGUUUUGGUCACUUUUGAAUGCUGGCGGUGCUCUUCCUCCUAGGUUUUGGCGUUGCCUUUUCAUUGGGACAGAAUGACACGGGGCCUCUUGUUUUGGAGGGAAAGUGUCUGGUGGUUUGUGAUGCGAACCCGUCUGCAGAGGGAGCGUUCACCUCUUCCUUCGGGAUAUCUGUCCGGGCAGGCGAUGCUAAAGUGGCUUUCUCUGCACUCAGGGGAACCAACCACGAACCUUCUGAUAUGAGCAAUAAGUCUCUGACCAUCUACUUUGAUCAGUUACUAGUAAACAUUGGCAACCAUUUUGAUCUGCAAGCAAGUGUAUUUCAAGCACCAAGAAGAGGCAUUUACAGUUUCAGCUUCCAUGUGGUGAAGGUUUACAACCGGCAGACUAUACAGGUGAACUUGAUGCACAACGAAUACCCUAUCAUAUCAGCUUUCGCCGGGGACCAGGAUGUCACUCGAGAGGCUGCGAGCAAUUCAGUUCUUCUGCACCUGGAACGGGGGGACAAACUCUACUUGAAGCUUGAGCGGGGAAAUCUAAUGGGUGGAUGGAGGUACUCAACGUUUUCUGGAUUCUUGGUUUUUCCACUCUAA